AUGGAGUUCCAGGUGCCUGACUGCCCAUCCAGCUGCAGUUGCGACAGAGAUGGCACGUUCCUGCGCGUGGACUGCGCCAAUCGCGGGCUCACGAGUUUACCAGCAAAUCUCAGCAUCUUCACUUCGUACCUGGAUCUCAGCAUGAACAACCUCAUGACGCUGCCUGAUAAUGCCUUCUCCAACCUGAACUUCCUGGAAGAGCUACGCCUUGCUGGUAAUGGCCUGACUCACAUGUCUGAAAAUGGCUUCUCUGGCCUCCACAAUCUCAAAGUGUUAAUGCUUCAAAACAACCGGCUCACCCAAGUCCCAGGUGAAGCCCUUCGAAGACUGAAGAAACUCCAGUCAUUGAGUUUGGAUGCCAACCACAUUAGUGUUGUACCACCAGACUGUUUUGAGGGGCUCUCAUCUCUACGCCAUUUGUGGAUGGAUGACAAUGUUCUGUCCGAUAUCCCGGUCCAGGCUUUGGGCAGUCUGACCUCUUUGCAGGCUGUUACCUUUGCUCUCAACAGGAUCAGCCACAUCCCAGACUCUGCCUUCGCCAACCUCUCUAGUCUGGUUGUCCUACAUCUCCAUAACAACAGAAUCCACUCCCUUGGAGAAAGAUGCUUUGAGGGUUUGGAGAGCCUGGAAACUCUGGAUCUAAACUACAAUAACCUUGUGGAGUUUCCUGUGGCAAUCAGAGAUCUGACUAGUCUCAAAGAGCUCGGUCUCCAAAGCAACAAUAUUAAAUCCAUUCCAGAAAAUGGCUUCAUCGGAAACCCUUCACUCCUGACAAUGUCUCUUUGUAAUAACCCCGUACAGUAUGUUGAGGAAUCAGCGUUUCAGCAUUUGCCAAAGCUGCAGACACUGUUAUUCAGUGGAGCCACAGAACUCGUAGAGUUUCCAGAUCUGACAGGACUGUGGAGCCUAGAGAGUCUAACUAUCACAUCAGCAAGCAUUGCAUCACUGCCUGAUACCAUCUGUGACAAAUUACCUCUUCUACAAGUGCUGGAUCUGUCUUACAACUUGAUUCAGCAUCUACCCAGCUUCCAAGGCUGUGAGAGCAUGGAGAGAAUUGAUUUGCAUCACAACGAAAUACGAGAAAUAUCAGCAGGCACUUUCCAGGAUUUAACUGCACUCCAAUCCCUGGACUUGGCAUGGAAUAAGAUUCAGUCAGUACACCCCCUCGCCCUUUCCAAUCUCCCCUCAUUAAUCAAACUAGACCUGACGUCCAAUGGGUUGUCCUCUCUUCCUGUGACUGGCCUGUCUGGACUCCUACAUCUGAGACUGGGAGGAAAUAUGGAUCUUCAAGAGCUCCUGUCCUCAGAGACAUUUCCCAAACUCAGAGUGGUGGAGAUGCCGCAUGCAUACCAAUGCUGCCCAUUUUUAUUCUGUAAAAAGUCAUCUCCUACUAGUAUUACAAAAGCAGUCAUCAACAGCAGUCACAGUCGAAAGGAAACCAAUCUCAGAUCCAUCCAAGGUGACCAUGAUUCCAGAGACUUGUUCCCUCAACUUGAAGGAGACCUUUCUGUCCAGUGUUUCCCAACUCCAGGCCCUUUUCAGACCUGCGACACUCUAUUUGGGAGCUGGCUCAUUCGCACUGGAGUGUGGACCUUAGUGGUCUUGUCCCUGGCGUGCAACACUUUGGUGGUUCUGACCAUUAUUACGUCUCCCACGUGUAAGACCCCUGCCAAGUACCUCAUCAGCUUACUCUCUUCAGCCAAUGCCAUGACAGGUCUCUCCAGUGGGGUCUUGGCUCUGAUGGAUGCCAUUAGCCUGGGUAGUUUCAUGGAAGACAGCGCUUUUUGGAGGAACAAUCUAUGCAGGGUCACUGCCUUUCUUUCAGUCAUGUCCUCUGAGGCUGCCAUCUUCCUCCUGACGGCUUCUGCCCUGGAACAAGGCUUCUCCAUCUGCUUCUCAAAGAGGUCGGAGAUGUUCUGGAAGCCUGUCUCCGCCCUGUGUUUCCUCCUGGCCGCUACAGUAGCGUUUUUGCCAAUGAGUGAAUAUGGAACCUUCUCCUCCUCCUCCUCCUCGUCCUCCCUCUGCUUACCCCUGCCCUUCAUCCAGCACUCCAGCCAGGGUUUCAGUGUUGCCCUGGUGCUCAUCAACUCUGGCUGCUAUUUAGUCAUGACAGUGGGUUAUGUUCAGACAUACUGCAGCCAGGAGAGGGGCUGGCUGGAUGACUGUAUGGACUGCUCCCUGAUCAAGCACAUCGACAGGCUCCUCUUCACCAACUGCCUGCUCUUCAUUCCAGUGGCCCUCCUGUCCCUCUGUUCCAUGUUAGGACUUUCCUGGGUGAGCACGGAGGUGAUGAAGGUAGUUGUAUUGUUGGUGGUACCUUUGCCUUCGUGCCUGAACCCUUUGUUGUACAUACUGCUGAACCUCCAUUUCAAAAAGGAUUUUAACCAGGUUUUAAGGCGUUUUCACUCUCUUAAGAGCUGCUUAAGUCCCUGCCAGGCUUCUGCUAACUCAGAUGAUAUUGAGAAACAGUCAUGCAAUUCCACACAAGUUCUGGUGACCUCCGUUACCAUGUGCAAAUCGAAGGAUACUAGGGUGUCUCAGCAGACCAGUGCAUGUUCUCGUAAAGCACAGACGGGCAUUGUUAGUUUACAAACAUGA